AGGGCAGACCGGAAAACUUCACAGCCUCAAACCGUAGCCAUGAAAGGUGGGGCACACAAUGAAAUUAUGAUAAAGGAUUUGGCGGAGCUUUUUAUAAACAAUAGCAGCUGAAAGCAGCUAUUCAUUUUGAUGCAAUUACGUGCGGACUUUCUUGACGUGAUUCAGACAUCUGGAAGAAGUCAUGGCAUGGUCAUAUUCUCUUCUACCUGCUCUGGCAUUGAUGCCCCUUGCCUAUGUGAUGACGGUGCACACGGCACCCUGCCAAACAUGCCGAAAACUCACUCAGAGCUUCAUAAAGGGUAUUGAGCGAACAGCUAACAAGAACUUUGGUGGUGGGAACACUGCUUGGGAGGAGGAAAAGCUGGCGAAAUAUGCUCGCAGUGAAACCCGUCUAUUGGAGAUUGUAGAGACAGCUUGUGAGAAGUCUGACUUUGAGUGCAACAGACUACUAGAGCAGAUAGAAGACCAGGUGGAGACAUGGUGGUUCCACAGGCAACUGGAGGCUCCAGAUCUUUUUGAGUGGUUAUGCAUCCAGGAGCUUAGACUGUGCUGUCCUCCGGGACGGUUUGGGCCUGACUGUGCACAGUGUCCCUCAGGACCUCAUGGUGUGUGUGGAGGUCUGGGACGCUGUGAAGGUGAUGGAACCCGUCUUGGAGAUGGAGAGUGUGUUUGUGACCCAGGGUACUCGGGACACCUCUGCCAAGACUGUGCUGAUGGCUACUACAGAGAUAAGAGCUCAAAUGGAACACAGCCCCCUUGCUCAGCAUGCUACCACCCAUGUCGAAAGUGUACAGGGCCACAUGAUUACAAUUGCCUUGAUUGCAAAUCAGGAUGGAUACUUCAUGACCGCAAAUGUAUAGAUGUGGAUGAAUGUGGCACAGAGCUUGCUCGCUGUCCAUCUAAUACUUACUGUUUCAACACAGAUGGAUCUUAUGAGUGCAGAGGUUGUGAUCAAUCUUGUGUGGGCUGCAUGGGCAGUGGUCCAGCUAGAUGCAAGAAGUGUUCUAGAGGUUAUAAGCUUAAUGGGGCCAAGUGCCUUGAUGUUGAUGAGUGCAAUGAGCGUGCCAUUGCAUGCCCAGGUCUUAAUGAGGCCUGCAUAAAUGAGGAGGGUUCAUUCCGCUGUGAGUGUGCUGAAGGAUUCAUUCGAAGAGACAGUAUAUGUGUGGAAAACAUACUACCCACUGGGCCAGAGAAGGGAUUAUUUGAUGACAUGACAGAUGACGAAGUCUUGGUCUUGCAGCAGAUGUUCUUUGGUGUGGUCAUCUGUGCCCUUGCCACAUUGGCAGCAAAGGGUGACAUGGUCUUCACUGCUAUUUUCAUUGGUGGUGUCGCAGCCAUGGCUGGUUAUUGGAUAUCAGAAAAGGGGGAUCGCAUGUUGGAUGGGAUACUUAAAGGACGUUCGCCCGGUAAUUAAAAAAAUACCAUGAAAGAAA